CCGUGCUGGAAGGAGGUCAUACCGCCAGCUCAUUCGCCUGCUAUCGAACGUGUUUCUCUUGCUGCUACUAUCACUCCAGUUUGCUUUUCUUUUCGCUGGCCUUAAGGAAUAAUCAUGGAGCAACAAGCGAGUGCUCCGCCAGAUGUCCGAAAUCUCGUCAACUUCCUCCGAAGUAGCAAAGCCGGGAUUAAAGUCAGAGUUGGUGUCUUGAAUGGGAAGCGUAUAGAUUAUUUUAAAGGUCGAUCUGCUGUCAAGGCACUCUUGUCACCCGCGUAUGCCAAAGUAAAGAAAGUCCCAAAAGUCACAACUGAAGAGGAAGCGCAACAACUGCUCGCCUCCAUUGUCCCCUAUGCCUUCUUCCUUCGCGUCGAGCGAGGUGGAAACUCUGGCUCCUCAUCAUCAUCACCAAAACAUCUCCAAAUCGUACAACAACAGAUGUUCCUUCCAGAUGAAUAUUUUGCAUGGUUCUACGAAGGUUCUCAGUUGACAACAUAUCUUGGAGGUGUCGCCAUGGUCGCCGUAAUGCUUGCUGGCGUCAUGUUCCCUCUCUGGCCACCGAUCAUGCGGUUAGGCGUAUGGUACCUCAGUAUAGUUGUCCUAGGCCUCAUCGGUCUAUUCUUCGCCAUCGCCAUUGUCCGCCUGAUAUUCUACAUCAUCACCGUGAUCGUUGCAAGUCCAGGUAUCUGGAUAUUCCCCAAACUCUUUGCAGAUGUUGGAUUUGUGCGUACCCCUUGUCUCAAUGUUGGGCUAACACGUGCGGCGGAUACUGAUCUUUUAUGGUUUGUAGGUCGAAUCCUUCAUUCCGCUAUGGGAAUGGGACCUUCCUAAGAAGAAGGGUAAAAAGAAGCGUACCGAAAAGUCUGAGAAAUCUGCAAAGUCGAAAGGCAAAUCUACCGCUGUUAAUGGUAGCUCUCAUACCGAAGUACACGAAUUCGCGCCAGACUCAGGAGAUUCACGGCCGGAGAGUAGAUCUGCGCGAGUAGAAGAGGUCGAGGAUUCAUGAUCAGCCCGUUUUACAUCCCUCUGUUCUCCGCCACUUGCUUCCCACUAGUCACUAGUCACUACCUAUCAUCCUUUCCUUUCUGUCUCUCUCAUCUCAUUCAUAGUUGCUUCCCCCCUUGCCAGCUGGUGCUUGCGUGUAUCACUCAUGGUCGUGAUUGUUUCCUGGAUAUAUCAAUAGCUGCUGGGAUCUAUGACAUUCACUAAUAUUAUUUCACGUGCUUCCCAUUCGUUGCGUCAAUGACUCCCGAGUCUUCGCUUGAGGAUUUGCU